ACUGUAAAUUUGUCGGUCUCAUAAUACGAUGGCUUCUGCACGCCUAUUGCAAAACAAAUCUUUCUUAGUCAUCGAUGAACGCGGAAAGCUGUCUACAUAUGACAUUUUGCGUAACAUUAAACAGCUGUUGUAUUCGCGGUCGUCACGUGAUUAGUGAUGGUUAAUACGUCCGAAGUGUAUCGAUAUAUGUUAAUUUCCAGAAUGUCGAUACACAUGAUAUCGGGAAUAAAAUAUAUCGAUACGUGUCAUUAAAUCAAAAUUUAUCUACAAGUUAAAUAUAAAUGAAAAUCGUGCACUUUUAAAAGAAAUUAAUAAAUAAUACAAUUAUAAAAUGUAAAAUAUUUUAUUUAUAAUGUCAGUGAAAGAAUUUAGAUAAGAGAGACUUAUUUAGAGACUUAUGUUUAGCUGACGUUAUAUCUAAUUAAUGGAUUUCGUUAUCAUGAACUGCGUAUCGAUAGUAGAAAAUAUCGUUACAAAAAUAAAACAAAAUAUCGAUAUUUGACUUGAAAAAUAUCGUUUUCACCAUCCUUACCAUUGCCAUCGCUACAUACAUACACGUGAUUGGAUUGGAUUGACAAAAAUGGCAGAUGCGUGGCGCUUAGACACUUUGCCGUCUGACGUUUUGAUCUUAAUUUUCAAUUACUGUCAUGCAUUCGACUUGGUACGACUUAGUGAAGUAUGCAAACGAUUCUAUGAUAUCGUACAAAGCGAUACACUUUGGAUCAAGAAAAGCAAACAGCCGGUCGCGACGAAUCAAACAUCGGAGAAAUUUCGCGACAGGUGCAAUCCAUUACUAUGUUUGCGUAAAAAAUGGCAUGUUACAAACAACUGGCAGUAUGGUAGAUUUGAGAAGAAAGUCCUUCUGGCGCAGAAAACAAAACUUAUGCCAUGGAUACAAUUGACCAAGAAUGUUUUAUGGUGGAGUGGUGGGAAUAAAUUAUGCGGUUUCAGACGUACACAUCGUUUUCCAGAAAACAAUCGUAUUAUAGUUAGUAACAAUAUUAGGAGUGAUAUAUGCAAAUUCAUUGUUAGAAAACAAUGUAUCAUCACUGGUCACAGAGAUGGUAGUAUACAGUUUUGGACAAAGUCAAGAUGUGAUGAAAACGUAAACUUUUAUUGUAGUAUUCCUAAAGCUCAUACAUGUGAUGUAAAUGCAGUGGAUGAAACCUGUGAUGCAAUUGUAUCAGGUUCUGGGGAUGGAAUAGUAAAGAUUUGGGGACCUUUAAGAGAGCGAAUUUUAAAUGUACCUCUGGCUACUUUGAACAUUGCAGAUAGGGUUUGGUCCCUUGCUGCAGAUCCAACGGGUAAAAAGGUUGCUGUGGGUUCGGCUGGAAACAGUGUGAAAACUUCUCUUCAUAUUUUUGAUCUCGAAUGUUACAGUGAAUCUGAUAUAUUAAAACACAAUUGGAGGAGGGGAGCAGGGGUAUUAGACAUGGUUUGGGACAAUCCACAAAUUCUGCUCACUUGUGGAUAUGAUACUUACAUUCGAAAAUGGGACUUGAGGACUGGAACUUGUGUAUGUUCAUGGGCUGAUCCAACGGUUGCAAUUGUAUAUUGUAUAUCAUCAGAUUAUUACAAUACAAUGGUUACUGGAACUCAAUUCAAUAGCAAGGCUGUUCUAUGGGAUCAAAGACAGAAAUACUAUUUGCAACUCUACUUUAUGAACCAUAGUAGAAUGUCAAGCCCUGUUUAUUGUUUGGCUUUUGACAGUGCUCAUUUAUAUGGAGCCACGGAUAAACAGUUAGUUGAACUUGCAUUCUCGGGUUAUUCAUACAAACAGACUAAUUACAGAGCCAUUCUUAGAUAGGACUAUGGGCAACACAGGUGAGCACGAGUUGAAUUGCAUAAUCGAUCGCGCAUUGGAAAUCUUUAAGAAAGGCUUUGGUAUUGUACAAAAAUAUAGCAGGGUUCGUGAAAAUGAGAUAUUUUACAAUAUAAAGCAUCUGGAAGAUUUAGUUCUAAGGUUAAAAUGUGAAUCACAAUGAAACAAUUUAUAGAUAUUUUAUUAUAUUAACAAAUAUUCAUUUCCCCUCAGCUCAUUUCAAAGACUGUUAGAAAAUAUUAAACAAAUUUGACUUGAUCGAAACUUGAACAUUAUUUACUGUGUAAAUCGUAACUAAUCGAAUUGCUAAUACACGACGUUAAUCUUCCUUGUAUAAUAUAUCAAAGUAUAAAACUAUUUCCUCUAAUAGAAUUUGUAAUAUUCAAAAAUAAAUAUAUAUUUAUCAAACAUAAA